AGGCACUCAUACUCAAGAAGUUCGAUGACAAGAUUGCGAGCCUGAGGCAGUUGUUGCUCCAAGAUACUCUCAUGAGCUCGGAAGAGUCACUCCCGGAGAUGACGAUGGAAGAGAAGCUUCAAAGAAGCACCAUCAUGUCAGUGCCCGCCUCCGCCUGGGUGGCGCCCAGUGUUGAGGUGCCGACGAGGAGCACGAACGCCUCAAUGCCAGGACUUGUGAACGAAGACAAGGUUGAGGUCUUCAGUAGCUUACCCACAGUGGCCGAGCGCCGGAAGAAGCACAUGGCCUGGAUCCACAAGAGCCAACCAGAGGCCCCCAAGAGCGAAGAGGACGACAAGCAGCCACGGGUGUUCUCACAGCUGAGCGCCGAAUGUGCGCGUGAUGCAGUGAGGCGAAAAGCCGUUGAAAACUUUGGGCCACCCCCACCAGCUUCCGAUACUCGUUGGGCUUUGAUUGUGAAACAUCCUUACUUCGAGCGCAUGUCCUUGAUGAUGAUCUACUUCAACGCUUUAUGGAUUGCGAUUGACAUUGAGUUCAAUAAGGCGGAGAUGGUCUUGAAAGCCACGGAGCCCUUCCUCAUCAUGGAGAUCUUGUUUACACUCUACUUCAGUGGUGAGCUCUUUGUGCGGUGGAUGUCCUACAAAAAGACCCGGCAGGCCUUUAUGGACUCGUGGUUCCUUUUUGAUUGUUUGCUGGUGACCAUGAUGCUCUUGGAGACCUGGCUCAUCCCUAUCACCGCGUUGCUCAUCGAGGGGGGCUCCUUGACCGGCGGCUCCUUAAGCCGCUCCGCCUCUGUGCUGCGCAUCGCGCGGAUUUUGCGCGUCUUCCGCACCGCGCGGAUCAUUCGAGUCGCCCGCUAUAUGCCAGAGCUGAUGAUCCUGGUGAAAGGAUUGAUCGUUGCCGCCAGAUCCGUGUUCUUCACAUUGGUUCUGUUGCUGCUGAUCACCUAUGUCUUCAGCAUUGCGCUCGCACAGCUCAGUGUCGAAACGCAUCUCAAGGAGAAGUACUUCAACACCAUGCCAACGGCCGUGUUGAACCUGGUUGUGCAGUGUGUGAUGCCGGACCAAGAGGAGUUCUUCACAGAUGUUGCAGAUACCAGUUGGGUCAUGGGUACGCUUGUGCUGAUCUUCGUUCUCGUGGGCUCGCUGAUUGUCAUGAAUAUGUUGGUUGGGAUUCUUGUUGAAGCGGUGCAGACAGUCGCAACCAUGGAGCAUGAGCAGAUCCAUGUGGACUUCGCCAAACGAGUGCUUUGGGAUUUGAUCAAGGAACAAGGUGCCGAUGAGGAUGGAGACAACCGCAUCAGCGAGGAUGAAUUUGUCAGGCUUUUGGCCCGUCCAGAAGCUUCCAAAGCAUUGAGCCGGCUCGGGGUGGACGCGUAUGCCGUCAUGGAAACAGGGAAGCUGCUCUUCGAGGACGGAGAGCCUUUGACCUUCGGAGAAUUCAUGGACGCCAUCCUGACCCUCAGGGGAACCAAUCAAACCACCGUGAAGGACAUCGUGAACUUGCGCAAGUUCACCGCCGAUGAGUUCUCACAGCUUCACACGGUGCUGAUGGAUCUUUGCAAGUUCUUGGCAGGCCAUGGCAUGUCAACGAUGUUGGCCAAGCAGCUGGAGCACAUUGAAAUUAAGCGCCCGAGGAGUGGUAACGGGACGAAGGACAUUGAUGAAGUGGCAUUGUGGCCUGCGAUCACGCUGCAGUCGCAGGUAGAGGUAGAGCAGUGAGAUCGGCCGGUAGAGCAGGGUUGAAGAAGUGCUAGGCUUGAAUUGCCUCAGGCAGACUGGGGCUUCUUUGAACCCCUUUUUGGAUUUUUGAAGCCUUGCACAGGGCUGGCUCAAAAAGAUCUC